AUGCCAAAACGUGGCGCCGACGAAUACAUCACCAAGGAACACGGGUCAAUAGCCAACGCCAAUUCUGGCGAAGAGAAGCCCGCAAUGUCUACAGCAGCGCAGCUCGCGAGGAGGAAGAUUGCGACACCUAAAGGCAGGCUUAAUGCCAACCGAUCUUCACAUAACUCCUCGCUUGGCGGUGGUAGCACGACUACUUUCGGAAACGGCAUCCCGCAACAAACAUUUCCCGGCCUGAACGCAGGCAUCAACUUCGGCUCAAGCACUCAAAAUCCUUCCUCUGACGCCAACGGUGGCUUCAACUUCCAACCCCCGCAGUCGAGCACCUUCAACUUUGGCGUGCCAACGACAACCCCUAAUCCUUUUUCAUCGAUAAACGGCUCCAGUUUUUCAAUGAAUGCAGGGCAAGACGUCUCUAUGGAGUCGCCUCAAAAGAAGGCAGCGUUCGGCAACGCAUUUGGUUCAAAUAAUAUGAAUAGCAAUACGGGUCCAAGCUUCACUUUUGGACAGGCAGCGCAACAGCAACCAAACGGAUCUUUCGCUUUUGGGGCGAACCAGAGUGCAAACAAUACUGCAGGCUCGGGCGGCGGAGGCUUGUUUGGGCGUAUAUCCAAGCCAGAAGAUUCGCAACCUCCGAGCAACCCAUUUGGUCAACCCGCACAAUCUCAACCUUCUUUUGGUGGCUUUGGUCAGGGCGCAUCCACCCCACAAAGCCCGGCAUCUUCGUUCACAUUCGGUCAGACAAACAACAAUGCUGCUGCGCCGACCUCUGCGCCCAGCUUCACUUUUGGUCAGAGCACAUCAGUCCCCCAAAGUCCUAUGCCAUCCUUCGGAGGUGGGCAAGUGACCGAGACUCAGCCAUCGGGCGAGCAACCGAAAUUCACUUUUGGUCAAAGCUCUGCUAGCAGCAACCUGUUCGGUUCUGGCAACAUGAGUGGUGGUCAGACCCCAACCGCAGGCUUCGGAGCCGCGCCCGCCGCUCCUGUCUCUUUCGGCCAGAGUCAAACCACGUCGACCCAGAGCAGUCUUUUUGGUGGUUCAGGUGGCGCAGCAAAGAGCGAUGAGAGUAAAUCAGCGCCUCCUUUGUUUGGCACGUCCACAAACACGUCGCAACCGGAAGCUAGUAUUCAGGAACAAAGCGCCUCUCCAGAAAAGUCUACGACUUCGUCUUCGGAGCCGGCUGCGCAGGCAUCAGCGAAUCCUUUUGCUUCACUAUUUGCGGGCGCAGGUACGCCGCCGAUUGCGCCGGUUUCCAAGCCAAGCUUCAAUUUUGGUGCGCCCAGCCAACCUUCAGGAUCACCCAGUGCCAACAAAGCGACAGAGCCUUCUUCGUCCUCGAAGUCAAGCUUCUCGUUCGGCGCCUCAGCACAGCCAUCGAGCACUUCAGGGUCGGCAGACACAGAAAAACCCUCCGCAACACCGAAGCCAGCCUUCAGCUUCGGCACAAGUCAGAUGCCGCAAGCAGCACAAUCUACCGAGGCCGAAGGCACGUCCGUAUCAAAAGGUUCAUUUACUUUUGGCGCAACGGGUGCACCUCCCGCAGGACCUGCCAGCACUGCAGAAUCUAAGUCGAGCGAGCCGAAGUCUUCCAGUGUGUUCUCCUUUGGAUCCAAGCAGGGGGCUUCCGAAACCAGCAACGGAAGUGACAAAUCCAAGGAGGCUGCCAGUCCUGUCACAAAACCAACAUUCGGCUUUUCCGCGACAAGCACGCCUGUAUCUAGCGGCGGCCUUUUCUCGCCCGCGAAGAAUAAUAGCACAGGUGAGAGUGGAGGAGCCGGAAAACUGUUUGGUAAGCCCGCGAAUGCUACGGAUGCUGGAAAAGGGCCCGUUCAGCGUGAAGAAUCCACGCCAGGUCACUCGGAAAAACCAGCGCAAGGUACUGCUUCCAGCUUGUUCUCGGCAACCCCCAAAUCUGCUGCAGAUGUGGGCAAUAGGUCUUCCGGAGCCGAACUUUCAUCGUCGUCUUCGAGACCUUCACUCAAGAAUGACAUGCCGCCCUCCACCUCAGAGCCUUCGAAGACACCUGUGUACACGAAGGCACCCCCGUUUAUUCCUAGUCACCUGGAUGCCGAACGCUACCGCGAGUACGAUCGAAACUACCGUCUCCAUUCUCUGAAUGCUGGGUUACAACAAAAGCUGGCAACUUUAGACCCGCGCUCUUACGACUUCGAUAACAUUAUCCGUCACUAUGUUGCAGCCCGUGACAGCAUUGGCGCGUCCUUGGGACUCUACACACGAAAUCUGGCAGGCACAAAGCGCAAAGGUGACCGCAUUGAUGCUGAUGAUGAGCGACCUCCGUCAAAUAAACGAACACGUUCAGAUAAUGGUCCACAGACGACCACGACCCAGUCCAAAUCAUCUUCUAUUUUCGGAACUGGUUUCACUCCCCAGCAGCCAAAUUCUGACCAGGCACCCAAUGACUCAAACUCAUCGCGAGCUACGGCGCGGCUCAACGAGAUAAUUCCCGAAAAAGGUCCGAGCUCCAGUGUAAGCCGCCCGGAGCCAGCUCCCCAAGACAACAACCCCUUCUCUCAGAUAACUUCUGGUCCUCAGCCUAGUACUGCGGCUCCUUCGACUACGCCCACAAAGUCUCCUCCAAAGAAGCCUGUUUUUGAAGUUCCAAAGUUUGGUGCGGGGGGCACUAAUUUCAUGAGUGCAUUCGGAGCCAAGGCCAAGGAGAACGCGGAGAAAUUUGAGAAGAACCUGAUAGAGAAACGAAAAGCAGAGGAUUUUGAUUCUGACGAAGAUGAUGAGGAAACAUUUCGCAAACAAGCCGAGGAGGAGAUGCGGGCAAAGAGAGCCAAAUUCGAAUCCGUUGCGAAGGGUGGGUUUACUCCCAAGAUUGCCUCUGGCUCUGCAUCUGCAUCUGAAAAGUCGUCGACCUCUGCGUCUACGCCUUCCGCGUCGGUGUCCGCCGGCACUGCAACUCCUAAGCCGGCAAACAAAUUCGGAAUCUCGGGCCCCGUUGUUGCCCAGAAGCCAGCGUUUAGCAGACCUGGCUUCUCCGGCUUACCUGCCAUGGCACCUUUCCACAACCCUUUUGCUGCUCUCAGUUCUACCGGCCCCCGCGGUGAGCAGUCUCAGAACCAAAAAGAUGCAAACCCGUUUGCUGCUCUAAGCUCUACCGGGACAAGCGGUGAGCAGUCUCAGAACGAAAAAGAUAAGGACAGUUAUCGCAACCGAUCUGGCGGUUUCAGUAAGGAUGAAAGCGACAGUCAGGACAGCGAUCGCAACCAACCUGGCGAUUUCAGUAAGGAUGAAAGCGACAGGGAGGACCGUUAUCGCAACCAGUCCGGCGGUUUCAGUAAGGAUGAUACCGAGAGAGAGGACGAAGAUGGUGAAGGGGAGUCCAGCGGCUACACUAAGGAUGAAGCCGAUCAGGACGAGGAGGACAAAUCUGAAAGCAGCGACGAUGCAGCCGAAGAAUAUCCUUAUGGUUAUCAAGCAAAUCAAGCUUCCUCGGACGAUAAGGACGGAGAGGAAGAUGAUUACAAUGAUUUACAAAAGGCCUUGGAUCGAUCUGCUGGACGAACAAAUGCAGGCAAAAGCUUGUUCGAUCGGAUAGAGCCCAAUCCAGACAGGCAAGCCAGCAAUGAGGAAGGAUCGGGCACCGGGUCCACCCCUCCAAUUUUUCAAUCGGCGAAGAACUCUUCGUUUCCCCCAGCUGUGUGGGGAUCUCAUAUUGGCAAAUCCACGCCCGAAGCUCCUACUUUCUCACCCAUCACUCCAGCCACAGGGGCCGCUAAGUCUGGAUAUAAGCCAGCCUCCACAUUCAAUUUCACCCCCACUCCAGCUACCACGACGGCUGCACAGACACCAGGUGCUUCAAUAUUUGCUGGAGGUGUGACUAAAGGAGGCCCUGUUCCCGGAGAGGGCCUUUUCGGUUCCCGACCCAGCACGCCUAGCAAUGCGGACAAAAACAACAAUCUGGCCAAGUCAAUUCUCACUUCUCCUGCUGGGACUGAUAACACUUGGAAAGAAGGCGCACCUAUCUCGUUUGGGAGUGGCAACAAUAGUUCGAAUGGUCCGACAUUCAAGUUCACCUCCGCAUCACCGAGAGACAACGACUCGUCAACCCCAAAGCCUUUCGGCUCACUGUUUGGUACUCCAUCGACUACGGCAAAGAACACGGAGACUUCCAAUCAAGUUGGCUUCCAAUUCGGCGUACCAAACUCCUCUACGCCUGCGCCGGGCUUUCUUGGAGCCAUUUCACACCUUGGGGGCGGUUCGGCCGGUAGCUCUGCCGUGUCUUCGCGCGCUACCUCUCCUGGUGUGACAGACAAUGAAUCCGUUGCCACCAACGAGACUGAUGAGACGCCUGAAGACCCUCAAGCAUCAUUGAUGGAGUCCCGAGCAGGAGAAGAGAACGAGUCAUGUCUUUGGGAAGGGCGCUCAAAAGCCGUAAUGUUCGUGACCAAAGAAAUGGCCCAGGGAACCAAACUCAACCCUAAUGAUUGGAACUCCAUGGGUGUCGGUCAGAUACGGCUCCUAAAGCAUAAGGAGACAGGGAAGACUCGUAUUGUUUUCCGUGUAGAACCCAACGCAAACAUCCUCAUCAAUUCUCAUCUUGUUGACGGCGUCGCUUACGAGAAUGCGUCUACCAGCAAGAGCGGUGCUGUCAAGGGACCCCUUUUCUACAAGGGUAACCUCGUCCGCUGGGUAUUGAAGGUCAAGACCCCAGAUAUGGCUUCCGAACUAGCAAAGUUGAUGGAAGACAACAAGAGUGCGAGUGCUUGA